AUAUAACCUUCCCGCCAUCCAUUAAACCCUCCCAUAAACCCUAGCCUCCAUUUCUCUCUAUCCUUCUUCCUCCCACCCCACCACCCACCCUCCCCUAGCAAUGGAACCUCAAACACAGGCGAAGAAAUCAAACCUCGUACUAAUCCUAGACUACGGUUCUCAAUACACCCACCUCAUCACCCGCCGUAUCCGAAGCCUAUCAAUUUUCUCACUCACCAUUAACGGCACCUCUUCGUUAGACUCCAUAAAAGAACUCGACCCACGUGUCAUUAUCCUCUCAGGUGGACCACACAGCGUCCACGCUGAAGGUGCACCGUGUUUCCCGCCCGGGUUCGUCGAAUACGUCGAGUCACGUGGGAUUCACGUGCUUGGAAUAUGUUAUGGGCUGCAGUUGAUUGUUCAGAAAGUUGGUGGGGUUGUUAAAAUUGGAGAGAAACAUGAGUAUGGGAGAAUGGAAAUUGAGGUUGGAAAGAAUGUUGUUGGGGGGUUGUUUGGGAAUACGGAAAUUGGUGAUAAACAGGUUGUUUGGAUGAGCCACGGUGAUGAGGCUGUGAAAUUGCCAGAAGGGUUUGAGGUUGUGGCGAGGAGUAGUCAGGGUGCUGUUGCUGCUAUUGAGAAUCGGGAACGCAGGUUUUAUGGGCUACAGUAUCAUCCUGAGGUGACGCACUCGACUGAAGGGAUGAAAACAUUAAGACACUUCCUGUUUGAUGUAUGUGGGGUUACAGCUGGCUGGAAGAUGGAAGAUGUUCUGGAGGAAGAAAUAAAAGUUAUCAAAGGCAUGGUUGGACCUGAAGAUCACGUGAUUUGUGCUUUAUCUGGUGGUGUUGAUUCCACAGUUGCAGCUAAAUUGGUACACAAAGCUAUCGGGGACAGGCUUCACUGUGUUUUUGUUGAUAAUGGUCUAUUAAGGUAUAAGGAGAGAGAAAGGGUGAUGGACCUCUUUGAGAAGCGCCUCCAUUUGCCUGUUACCUGUGUCGAUGCUACAGAAGAAUUUCUCAGCAAACUAAAAGGCGUAACAGAACCUGAAAUGAAGAGGAAAAUAAUUGGGAAGGAGUUCAUCAACAUAUUUGAUCUUUUUUCCCAUGAUGUGGAGAAAAAAGUAGGAAAAAAACCUACUUACCUAGUCCAAGGAACCUUGUAUCCUGAUGUAAUAGAGUCUUGUCCUCCACCUGGAAGUGGAAGAACACAUUCUCAUACAAUCAAGAGUCAUCAUAAUGUUGGAGGUCUUCCUAAGGACAUGAAGCUGAAGCUCAUCGAGCCACUGAAACUUCUAUUCAAGGAUGAGGUUCGUGAAUUGGGAAAGAUUUUGGAUAUAUCUGAGGACUUUCUUAAACGCCACCCGUUCCCUGGGCCUGGGCUCGCUGUACGAAUUCCAGGUGAUGUCACAGCGGGGAAUUCCUUGGAUAUUCUUCGUCAGGUUGAUGAGAUCUUCAUUCAAUCAAUCAGAGAUGCUAAAAUCUAUGAUGAAAUAUGGCAAGCUUUUGCUGUCUUCUUACCAGUGAAAACUGUUGGAGUACAAGGAGAUCAAAGAACACAUUCCCAUGCUGUUGCACUUAGAGCAGUCACAAGUCAAGAUGGAAUGACUGCAGACUGGUACUACUUUGAUUUCAAGUUCCUUGACGACGUAUCAAGAAAGAUCUGCAAUAGCGUUCGUGGUGUAAAUCGAGUUCUUCUGGAUAUUACAUCAAAGCCUCCAUCAACAAUCGAGUGGGAAUAAUUUGUUAUAAAGAAUGCUAUAUUUGGUGACCGAAGUAGGAUUCUUUUGUGAUUUUUGGUGCAUAACAAAAAGGAAGAAAAUCAUGAUAGAAAUUUAGGUCCUUUUGUUAUGUGGUAGAACUGGUUCUUGGGUAAUUAUGUGCAAUGCUCUCAACAAUUUUGUAUGUUUAUGGGUAUGAUGAUAUAUCAACUUUACUCGGAUCUUGGUAGUA